AAGUCUUCUAAUAAUCUUUAAAUCCUUAACCAUGAAGUACAUCGCCUCAAUUGCCGCUCUCUGCCUUUCAAUGGCGGCAACCGUCUUCUCUCAGGCCACUCCCAGCACCGAUGGAACUUGCGGAGGAGCAACUGGAUACACAUGCACAGGCACAACAUACGGGACCUGCUGUUCCCCCUACGGAUACUGGUAUGUCACCUCCUCCCGUUUUUCCCACCCCAAGUAACAGAACCAAUGAGUAACCCCUUCAUAGUGGAAGCACGACGGCUCACUGCGGUGGUGGCUGUCAGCCCACCUUCGGAACCUGCACCGGAACCAACGAGACGCCAGACGGCAGCUGUGGACCCGCAUUCAACAACUACAUCUGCACACCAAACUUCGGGAAUUGCUGCUCCGCAAGCGGAUGGUGUGGAAAUAGCGGUGCUUACUGCGGCGCUGGAUGGUUUGCCCUCCCUCGCUCUCUGCUCCCACGAUCCCGCCUGCUAAUGGUGUUUGCUUGAUAGUCAGGGAAGCUACUCCUCCGCUGGUGCUUGUUUGACCUCCGGCAUUCCGUCUGUUGACGGGACUUGCGGUGGGACCAACGGAUAUACCUGCACUGGUGGUGAGUUCGAUGGCCAAUGCUGCUCUCAGUAUAAGUAUUGCGGAAGCACCACAGGCCACUGCUCAGCGUCUGAGGGAUGGUGAGUCUUUCUCUACCCAGCUGUCAAUUAUUGACCGGAAGUUAACUGUUAGAUAGUCAACCCGCGUUCGGGGCUCCGUGCACCUAAGUGCAUAAUC